UGUGUGUGUAGAUGUGUGUGUGGUUACCAGUUUGCAACGUUGAGGACCUUUGCAUUUUCCUUCUGUGAUGUUUAUGAAACUUUUCUCAAACAAAGCUCAUGCGCCAUGAAUUUACUUUUUUUUGUCACGGGGGCGUGUUGGAAGAGGAGAGGGAGUCUUCUGGCUUUGCAGGGGUAGCGAGCAAUGUGACGUUGUUUCUUGUUGCAUUCAGAGUCCCUCUGUCUUCGGGUCGCCCGCUGGUGCUUCUGGUGUUUUGUGCCAUGUCCUAGGCCACUAAUGUUGUUGAUGUGUUUUGCGUGUUUCCGAUUAUCGGUGCCAUUGUUCAACUUAAUUUUCCUUAUGUCCAUCCUUCCGGGCCCUAGCCAAACACUAGCUUCGUGUCUCGUUUCAUUUUUGGUGGUUUAGUGUAAAGUGCGGGGCAGCAGAAUCCCCGCUGUGGACAGAAGAUGUUAAGUACAUGGCUGUGUGAGAGCACACAGAAAAACAUACAUGCACAUACAAUGUCUCUCUAUAUAUGGAAUAGAAGCGCAGUCGUCCAUGUGGUUAGCGGCCACUUUCCGGUGUUCGUUUUCUCAUAUUUAUUUGUGUGGUUGUGUAUUAUGCUCCAUGUGAGAGCGAGCUCACUAUGGUGUUUGUGAAUCUGCUCUUACAGUGGUGUGAAGCAGCUGGUCUGUGGUUAUCUGUGCAGCAACACACUGUGAAAAGGCAAAAUUGUUCCCGUCUUAAAUGUUGCUUUGGGCACUUGGCUGAAAAUGGUUCAAAAUGGCGCAACAAUGGAAGUUGCUCCGUCUUUGAACUGCACCCGUCGCCUGUUCCCAGUGGUGAUAUUUUUAGUGACAAAACGCAACAUGUGUAAAUCCACUGUGUUAUUUCGAUGUCCAAGUGUGAAUGUGUGGUUUCUACUUUCCUCAACGUGAUUAUGCCUGCAUGUGACAAAAAAAAACGUGUCAUUGUGGGUUGUCCGCAAGCAGGUUUACAUGCGUAUUCGUGGAUGUGCGUGUGAGUAAGUUUGGUUGCACUGUGGACAAAAGGCUAGAGCUGAGAGUGCCGCAGUCGACCUAUCCUGGACGUCAGCCUUACUUUUUUUUAAGCACUUCCCCAUGUUGGAUGACAGAGCAAAGUAAAGAGGAGUUUUUAAGUGUGGACUUGACAAAGCACCUGGUGAUGGAGAUAAUUAAGGUGUGGAGCGAGGAUGGGGCCGGAAAAGUCGUGGAGAUCCCAGCAGACAUGACGGCCAGAGACGUCUGCCAGCUCCUGGUCUACAAGAGCCACUGUCUGGACGACAACGCCUGGACGCUGGUGGAGCACCACCCCAUCCUCGGCCUCGAAAGGUGUCUGGAAGACCAUGAGCUGGUGGUUCAGGUUCAAGCCUCCAUGAGCAGCGACAGUAAAUUCCUCUUCAGGAAGAACUAUGCCAAAUAUGAAUUCUUCAGGAACCCCCUGAACUUUUUUCCAGAGCAGAUGGUGGCUUGGUGUCAGGAGUCCGAUGGCUCCAUCCCUCAGUCACAGCUCUUACAGAACUUUCUGAACUCCAGCAGCUGUCCAGAGAUCCAGGGCUAUCUGCACUUAAAGGAGCCUGGACGCAAGUCCUGGAAGAAGCUCUACAUGUUCCUGCGACGCUCGGGUCUCUACUAUUCUACUAAAGGAACAUCCAAGGAGCCCCGGCAUCUGCAGCUGCUGUCAGACCUGGAAGACAGUAACAUCUUCACCAUCAUCACAGGCAGAAAACUUCACAAUGCCCCCACAGACUACCAGUUCUGCAUCAAGCCCAGCAAAGGGAGGAGUGACUGUAAGGAGUUGAAGAUGCUGUGUGCAGAGGAGGAGCAGAGCAGGACCUGCUGGAUGACGGCCUUCAGACUCCUCAAAUACGGGUUGGUUCUGUAUCAGAGCUACAACAUCCCCCAGCAGAGGAAGUCCAACCUACUGCCUUUCUCUGCGCCUGUGCGGAGCGUGUCUGAGAACUCCUUGGUCGCCAUGGACUUCUCUGGACGGACCGGCCGCGUCAUCGACAACCCUCUCGAGGCCCAGAGUGCCGCCCUGGAGGAGGGACAGACCUGGAGGAAACGGAGCCAGCGUAUGAAUGUCCUGGGAAGUCCCAGCCCCCUGCACCCUUCCUCCCUGAGCACAGUGAUCCACAGGACACAGGUAUGGUUUCAUGGUCGCAUCAUGAGAGAGGAGGCCCACCGAAUGAUCAUACAACAAGGCCAAGUAGACGGGUUGUUCCUGUUACGGGACAGUCAGAGUAAUCCCAAAGCAUUCGUGCUCACCUUGUGCCACCACCAGAAGAUCAAGCACUUCCAGAUCCUACCGUGUGAGGAGGACGGUCAGGUGUUCUUCAGCCUCGACGACAGCGCCACCAAGUUCACCGAUCUGAUCCACCUGGUGGAGUUCUACCAGCUCAACAGAGGAGUGCUGCCCUGCAAGCUCAAACACCCCUGCACCACUGUGGCCUUGUGACACUCCAGCCCCUCCCCCCUCACACACACACCUCCACCCUUUUUUUGCACACCUAUCUUCCCUAGACCCUGCCCCCCCAAACAUCUGCCCCUCCCUCACCAACGCAAUGAGGUCGAGGAGACAAAGAAAAGUUAAUGUCAAGUUUUGGGGAUGUGAACAACUCAGCAGAAGCCGCUGGUUCAGGUUUGAUGUCCCCAAUGUGCCGUGCUUUUCUCUGCCUUGUCACUGUUUGGAUGUUUGAAUGGGAACCGUUCGGACGGUCCAAGUGUCGCAGAUUGUGGACCCGGCAGUCGCCCAACUCCUGCGAUUUUAUCGCAGAGACUUGUUUGUUUAUGUCAAUACAAUGUUGACCAUUGAGAGAGACCAUUCAUUGUGAAAACACAGGACCGCUAUGAUCUGUUCAGCUACGGGUCUCUCAGAUGGAUCCCUCCUUUUAAAGUCCCCCAGCCUUCCACCCCCAUCCUCCAGGCCUGAUAAGCUGUGGUUCCUGCCCACCCUCGCCCCCCUCACUACCGAGGCAGGCAGGAAACGCCACCCUCGGACUUCCUCAUCAAUCAUCAGGGAUGGACAGGAACCUCUCUGGGUCUUAUCAAACUUGAUCCAAGAGUUUUCUCAACCUGUGCAGUCCAGUCUGGAUAAGCUGACCCCCCGCCCCUCACCCACAACCCGAGCAGCCUUGACGCAGCGUCUCUGCUGUGUCUUACCCCAAGAUCCCAAAAAACCCUGGUGCAACCCCCGAUCCCCGCCUCCACACAAGCUCAGACAAAAAGUCGGAGGAGAAAAGAGAAGUGGCUGAAGGCUAGAUAAGCAGAGCAGUGGCGAGGGUUUGCUGAAAGGGCAGAGGAAUGUUUAUCAGGGAGGCUGUAACAAGCCUCUCUUGUAGAGUUGAUUACUUGAUGUCAUUUUAAUGCUGUUUAAUUACUGUUGAUUCAAUGCAGAACUAGUUUUGCACUCCUGGGCGGACAGACGACAGCUGUUCUCUCUAGCUAAAUGAAGCUGGCUGCUCUCCAUUCGUCGUCCUCCUCUUCCUCCUCCACCCCGCCCUUCUGAAUAGCAUGCAUGUAAAUUUCCACCGGCUCAGAUUGGAUUACAGUGGCGUGGGAGCAAAGAGAGUCGUGGCUGAUUAUGCAGUGCCUUUCAGAAAGGUUUGGGAACAUCUUGGACCUACGUGUGUCUUAUACCGACAUGACUACACCACGGCUGCACCGUUACAAGACAGUGAGGAGGAGGAGGAAGACUGUUCAAUAGACUCCUGAAAAGUGUGUUCACCCUCCAGCUUCUACCAUUUCAGUCAGUUUUUAAAUCGAAGGGUUAAAUCUGUUGUUGAAUUUGUCUUUGAAUGUCAUUUUCUUUUCCUAAGUCUGUUCUGAUCUCACUGCUUGCACAUUUUAAUUCUCCUAAUUUGACAAUGAUGAGUUGGAGCUGGCGGAUUCUGACCACUGGUCCCUCACUCCAGAGUAGACAAAUCAACAAAAGCACUCCCAUGACUUUUUUGUGUGCUUGAAUUGAACAAAUGACUUGAAAUGUGAACUCGGACGACUGGGUGUCCAGACAGGGUCGAAUGAGCUUCACUCGCCUUAAGUGAAAAUCGUGAGCUUUGUGUAUGAAAUGGAAUCUGUAUAAAAAUGCACAUACAGUAACACAUUUAAGACUUUAAGAUUCAACUACAUCGAGAGUGUUUAAGGUUACGUUAAAGAAGAGGUUUCAUAUUCGUGGAAAUGCUCUUUAUAUGUUUCUUGCCAAGAGUUUAACAAGGGUAUGGAUACUACUCUAAUGUCUGCACGCUAGAGAAGAAGCUACUGUCAGCAGGUGAUAAAACCCACCUACCAGUUCCUCACAGGUUAACAUGUUGCGUUUAGCUUGUUAAAUCUGUUUAAAAGCCUAAGUGUAAAAACAAGAAUUUGUGGUUUUACUCAAGGCAAUGUAAGCUAACCAGCUGCUGACUGUAGUUUCAUACAGUAUUUAGUGUACAGAGAGUGGCAAUGACCCUAUCAUCAAACCCCCAACAAGAAAGUAUAAUUUACACUCAUCUCAACGGGCCCCAUUUUCCUGUCUGGUGCUGUGUUAUUUCUGCAGAUAUUUGACAAAAGGUGUAACUUAGUUUUCCAGCAGCUGCGUGGUCGUCUGGUGGUGUCAGUGGUUAACGUCGCGUUGUGGUGUCAGUCCCUCUGAGGCAAACAGUUAGGAAGUUUGUCCCUGAACAAUCACACAGAGAAAUCCUUUAUGGAAGAGCAAGUCCUGCACCGUUUUGAGGGAUGAUUCAAUGUGGACAGAAAAUAAAGUGGCAACUAUUUGGAUAAUCAGUAAUUAUGAUUUGAAGCAAAAUGCCAAAAAAAUGCAAUUAUUCCUCUUGCAAAUAGGGAUUUGUUGAUCAUAAUGAAUAUUUGAAUAUGUUGAGUUCUAGGAAAAAAACUUAUUUUAUUUAUUUAUCAACACUAAAGAAUUUCUUAUUGGCAGCCCUUCCAGCUCUAUCUAAAAACAACAUGGCCUCUGUCUGGUAGUUUGUGAAAAGCAUUCUGGGAGAGGAAGUGAUAAAGAGAAACUGUAGGUCUUAAGCUAAAAAAGUUGGUCCUCUGCUGAACAAAAACUUCCAUCUUAAAGCCAACAUGUAGAGGAUUUAAAAAUGGCGCUGAGUUGAGUUGGUUGAAAGCAGCCUGCAGGCAUGAAACAUGAACUUCAGCAGAAUGGGCUCAUUUUUCUAGAAACAAAUUAUUGCGCUGUCAGAAUAACCAGUUUCACAUGCUACAUCAACAUAAGAGAUCCAUACAUAGUGGCUUCAACAGAUCAUCUGAGGAGUAUAAAACAAAAAAACAGUUUCUAACAUCCUGUUGUCUGUUUCUGGCCUCUCCUGCUGUUGUGUUAGCAGCAGAAUAAAAAGCUGUAGACAUGUGACAUAACACCUACUUAGCCUCCUCCUCCACCCCUCCUGCUUUCACCUGCAACUGCCCUCCAUCCUGUGCCAGAUCCACAGUGAACAGGGUUAGCACGAGGCCGUCAGACUCCCUGCCAGGCGAACUAAACUCUCUAAGUACUGUCAUUGACACGCAAGCCACUGCCACACGAGUCCACCAAUCGCGUGACCUGACCAGAAUCACUAGCGCUGCGCAUCGCCAAUCCGGCCUUUUGUAGUCAGCCAGGGCAGACUCUCUCCAGGGAUUGGAUAAUGCUUGAACCCCCCGCCCCCCUGUCCCACCUGUGUCCAGCCUGUAAGCUAUGACCCUGUGGUGAAUAAGUGCGUGAGUGCGUGCGUGUGUGUGUACGUGUGGAAAGCCAGACUGUUGCAUUCACUCAUCAGGAUUGCUAUCUGCUGGUUAUCAAACUUGCCUUUUUUAGAGACAGUAAGCGGAAGGUUGCUGAUCAGUCGGGUUAAGUCGUGGAUUUAGAGGAGACAGGCGGUAUCUGGAGGUAUCUGGAGGUAUCCCAGCAUUCCCAGUCCUCAGCUGAGGAGUCUUUCCUGUCUGUCAGAGAGGGAUGCAAAGCCACAUCGCUAUGGGUCAGCUGGGGGGGAAGGGGGGGCAGACUCUGUCCUCUCCUCCCCUCUCCAUUUUUAAUCACUGUGCUACAAUGCAAUCCUAUACACACGUAAAGUAUACAAGUAUAUGACAAUACCAGUGUACAGUAUCAUUUGUUUUCUAAGUAUGUGAAGCUAUGGAGAGGACGUAGAUCUAACACUGUACCUAGGUCACAGAUCACUAUGUAUGGGGCGUUAUGCUUUUGCUCAUAACGCCAUGUAAAAUGAAGAAUGAUAUAUUUUGUCCUUUUUUUUCUUCUCCAUUAUUUGAUUGUGUGUAUAUUGACAUUAUUGUGUUUUUUUUCUUUGGUUUGCCACAAAAUGACCUUUUAUAUAUAUAUAUAUAUAUAUAUAAAAAAAAGAAUAUACCACAUUAUAUACAGUAUUAAAUUAAGCUGUUUUUUUUAUUUUAAGAGAUCAAACUGGAUUUUUGACUUGUGUCAAAUUUCUGCACAUCAGUUGUCCAUAUAAGCUGACAGGCUGACAGAGUCUACAACUCUGACAGCAUCAAAUGAUGCCAUUUUGUUUUCAGACUACGUCUUUUGAAUAUCCCCUCUCCGUCUGUCUGAUUCCACUCAUUUACUUCCAGGACAAAACUCCAGUAAAUGAUGGCGAUCAACACACACACACACACACUAGUGGGUUUUAAUCGAGAGCACACACACCAACACCUAACCCAUGGGGAUAUUCUUAGCAGCUUUUGUACAACUUUCAUCACAAGAAGUACAAUUAUACGCAGUAGCUCAAGAGCAUUGUGCAUUUCAAUAUGUCCAUGUACUCAGAUUUUAAGGUGCAUAACAAAGUUGUUUUUUGUUUUUUUUUAAUUCUUCUUCUUAACUAAGCCUAUUCUUGCAGCAGGUGCCUCUUGUUUCUGAAUAGUAACAAGUCCUUAGUUUCCGUCCAUCCACUCACUGUGUUCUUUUACAGUCAGCUGUGAAUGUGAAACAUAAUCCUACUGGAACUAAAUCCUUGUGUCAGGUCAACGUCACAUCCAGGUCCCAUCGACACAGGUGACUCACAGUGGAGGUGGAAGUGAAACUGACUCGGUUAUGUUUUAUUUUGGGGUUGGAGUCAUCAUAAGCUGAAGGCAAAUAAAUAUUUCAGGGAAAGAAAAAAAAAGAGCAAGUGAACCGAAUCUUUUUUUUUUUUUUGUUUGUUUGUUUUUUUUUCUCAGAUCCCCUACUGUGCUUUGCUUCAUUCUGUCUGUAACGGCUCCUGGAUCUACAUUGUAUCCUGUUCAGGUAUUUUUGUACAAAUAAGGGACUGAUAUAUUCUGUGUUUAUUGGAAAUUAGAAUUAAAGACAACAUUGCUAUAAACCAAAA